GAUCAAUGUUUGCUCACGAUGUUUUAUGGCUCCAUAAAUGUUUCUACGAUCCCUAUAUGUGCGAUAUGCCGCCUCUACGAAUCGUAGGAUGCUUAAUUCUCAAUCUUGUGGUAGAUUUCAGAGAUGCCAACAUCAGUAUGGAUCAGUUUAAACUUUUAAAAAUCAAGUUGGCAUUGAAAGAUGACGUUAAAAUCGAAGACGAACACGAAUUUCCUGAAUAUCUUCAUCAAGAUAUGGCCUUAAUCGAAGAACAUAUGAACAUACAGGUCAACGAAGGUAACAUUUCUCUACGUAAUGCGGAAGAUUUAACUAUUAUCUCCGUAAGCAGGCUGUUUGAAUAUUCAGUAUAUCCAGAUGACUAUGAAUUUCCUCAUCAUAGAAUUAAUGUUGUGCGUGAGGAGGGUGGAGCUCAAGGACAAGCAUGAAUUUCACAAAAUUAGUGCAGUUAAUGAAAAUUUUUUUAUAAUAGACUAGUAGGAUGAGAUUUUUGUUUUAAAAUAUUGUUAAGCUUUUUAUGCUGAUUAGGCUCCAAAACAAUAAAAAUGUAUUAAACUAAUAAAGU